AUGCCUCGUCAAGCGCUGCGUCGAUCGCUGCUCCUUGUUGCAGCAGCCGCAGCGCUGAAACCGCUGCAGCGCCGCGCUGCACUCAGUGGCCUGACCAGCGCUGCACUCGUGCAAACGCAGCCGGCGCGGGCCGACGAGCUCUCGUUCAGCAAAGCGAGAAAUGGUCUCGAGUACGCGGACGCCAAGGUCGGCAGCGGCUCUCCGUUUAGAACCGGCCAGCGCGUUGCCGUCGACUACGUCAUGUCGACGACAGGCGCACGGUACGGCUCGAAGAUCGACGCCACUAAGGACCGGAACGAGCCGUACUCGUGGGUCCUCGGCGACGGCACGACCAUCCUAGGUCUCGAGCAAGCGAUCCUCGGAGGCGACGGCGUGCCGCCGAUGCUCCCGGGAGGCGUGCGACGCUUAAUUGUUCUGGUCUGUGCAUAAAUCAAAAUGCCACGCCGUGCUGAAUCUUCGCGUCGACCUCCACGCAUCACCCGACUCACUGGUUGAUUUGUGCACAGGUUCCCGCGGAGUUGGCCUACAUCGACAAGGCUCGCCCCGCGAAGAACUCGUUGCAAAUACAGGACUGCGAGAAGGGUCGCGGGCCGGUUCCUCCUAACGCGCCGGAGAGAGCUGGCGAUAUGGGUGCCGGCGAGUACCAGCGGUUCAAGAACAUUUAUUGCAACCCGAAUCGGCCGUACCAGCCGGACCUCGUGCUUGAUGUCCGGCUGUUCGGGAGGAAGGGUGGAUAA